AUGGUGUUUCCGGUCAAUGCAGACACGCCUGGCGUCAAACGCCGCAAAAGCAUCCUCGUAACAGAGGCUCUGGACUUGAUUGACCAGGACCAGUCCGGAGAUUUGGGCCAUGACGAAGUUGAAACGCUUCUGGCAGCCAUGGGUUUGCGAGGUGAGGAUGCCAAACGGGUCCUGAACGCUGUUUUCGACGGACGAGUGGCAAACUCAUAUGAGUCUGUGACAGACGCCAUCUUGACAUACACGAGCGUCACUGAGACCAACCUUGAAUCAAUGCUCGGGCGAGUUUGGCUCUUCAAGCGGGCCUUCCGCAAGAUUGAUGUCGAUGGCAAUUCCAAGCUUAGUUUUGCCGAGGUCGUGGCAAUGAUGGAGUCUCUAGACAUGGAGAAGAAGUUCGCUGCUGACGUCUUCUCUUUUCUUGAUGCUGAUGAUUCAGGAGAGAUUACGUGGCAAGAGUUCGUUCGUGGCGUAAGUCAUGUGCAGUUCUCUCUGCUCUUUCCACAAAUCACACUGGAAGCUCUGGUGGCCCUUCCCUCGAGCCUGGCACAGGACAGGAUUGUCAGCGCUGAGGAGGAAGCUGAAGCAGUGAAGUCUUUGCCGGCGAUGGAGAAGACCUUGUACUGGCUGCUCUCCUUGAUGUACGGCAGGUCCUCCCCAAGCCGCAUAGCGCCAACGGAGGAGGAGGAUGAAAUGUGUAACAGCAUCCUCAGGGCGCGAGCCUCCGAACCCCUAGCCAAAUUUACAUCCGAAAGGGAAAGCAUGAGCCCGAGCAGCUCCAGUACCAGUGAUUCCGACUCGGACAUGACGGCUACCACCAGCGAGUCAUCUCAUGCGACAGAGCAAGCAAUCGAGCUGCCGGAUGCUCCUUGGGCAGAGUCCCCAUAUGCCGUGAAGUCACGCAAGGUACUGGAUGCUGUCUAA